AUGAAAUAGUAUGUGAACUUGACGAGUUUCAAUGUGAUAAUAAGAAAUGUGUACCGCUGAUAUGGAGAUGUGAUUCAAGUGAUGAUUGUGGCGAUGGCAGCGACGAGGUUGGAUGCUCGAAACCAGCAAUUUCGAAACUUCCACCACCAUUGGUGCACCUUCCACAAAACGAUACUCUUAAUUUAACCUGUGCAGCCGGGGGAGUUCCUACACCCGUUAUAGAAUGGAUAGUUAACGGGAGUUAUAUUUUUAUCCCUCCAAAAUGUGCAAUCUCAAGUGUGAAUGGUACUGGAAAGUUGAUUUGUGAAAAUAUGCAAUUCAGAGAUCAAGGAACGUACACGUGUAGAGCGAAUAAUAUCAAGGGUUCAGUUCAAGUUGAUACUCUUGUUGUUGUACGGGACCAAAGUUCCUUAGAUGGUGAAGAUAUUAAGAGUAAGUGA